UGUGACCUUAUCUAACCUCUAGCCAAACCAAACUCAAAGGCAAAGCACAAGACUCGUACUAUCAUCUUGAGAGAACACCACAAAAAUGGCGUCUUUGGCUCAACAGUUUACAGGCCUAAGAUGUCCACCACUCUCCUCCACGCGCCUCUCAGGAAGAAAACCAAUAUCACAACACCAACAAAAGCUCCAUUCUAGAAAUAGAGUCAUUGUCUCAGCUGUGGCAAUUUCUAAUGCACAGACCAAAGAUAGACUGGAGCUCAUGCGUCUCUUUGAAGAAGCUUAUGAACGGUGUCGUACUGCCCCCAUGGAAGGCGUCUCCUUCACUCUUGACGAGUUCCAUUCUGCUAUUGAGAAGUACGAAUUCAACUCUGAAUUGGGCACAAAGGUAAAAGGAACAGUAUUCUGUACAGAUAAGAAUGGGGCAUUAGUUGACAUUACUGCGAAGUCUUCAGCAUAUUUGCCUGUCCAAGAGGCAUGCAUUUACAAAAUUAAACAUGUGGAAGAAGCAGGUAUUGUUCCGGGUUUGAAAGACGAGUUUGUGAUUAUUGGUGAAAAUGAAGCUGAUGAUAGCUUGAUCUUGAGCUUACAGUCAAUUCAGUAUGAGCUUGCCUGGGAAAGAUGCAGGCAACUUCAGGCUGAAGAUGUCACUGUGAAGGGUAAGGUUGUUCAUGCGAACAAAGGUGGAGUGGUUGCUGAGGUGGAGGGCCUCCGUGGAUUUGUUCCCUUCUCACAGAUGUCUUCGAAAUCAACUGCAGAAGAGCUUCUUGGUAAGUAUCUUCCUCUGAAGUUUGUGGAGGUUGAUGAGGAGCAGUCUAGGGUUGUCCUCAGUAACCGCAAGGCCAUGGCUGACAGCCAGGCACAGCUUGGAAUUGGAUCAGUGGUCAUUGGAACUGUAGAAAGCCUGAAACCAUAUGGUGCCUUCAUUGACAUUGGUGGUAUUAAUGGCCUUCUCCAUGUUAGUCAGAUCAGUCAUGAUCGUGUCUCAGAUCUUGCCACUGUUCUUCAACCUGGUGAUACUCUUAAGGUCAUGAUACUGAGCCAUGACCGUGAGAGGGGCCGAGUAAGUCUUUCAACAAAGAAGUUAGAGCCUACUCCAGGAGACAUGAUCCGCAAUCCAAAACUUGUUUUUGAGAAGGCUGAGGAGAUGGCACAGACAUUCCGGCAGAGAAUUGCUCAAGCAGAAGCUAUGGCUCGUGCAGACAUGCUUAGAUUCCAGCCGGAGAGUGGCUUAACUCUCAGCUCUGAUGGAAUUCUGGGUGCACUUUCAUCCGACUUGCCCGCCGAGGGCUUAGAUUUGAGCGCAGUUCCAUCGGCUGAAGAUUCAUGAUUUAUACUGCAGUUGCCCUUCACAAGUUUGUAAAAUUUGGUGCAAUCACCUUUGAGUUUGAGCUAAAUGUAACUUGAGUUUUCUCUUCUCGUCCUAUUAAAUUCUAUCGUCAGCUGCAGUUUCAUCUAAACUGAUUACCCAAUGUAUGAUUAAAAUUUUAAAAUCUGUUGAACAAAGCUUUGUAAAAUCUUACAAUGAGACUCCUUAUCCUAAUACAAUAGUAAAUUGCAUAGCAGUAUACUCCUUGACUAGCCUCAAUUGUAAUUAUCAGAAAUCCGAAAGCUGAUGUACAUGCUAUCAGAAGUCAAGGUUAAAGACAUGCCCUUUGUACAUUUGUUACAACAUAGCAUCUAGAAUCUGUUUUCAUUUUUGGUAUGAUCUUGAC